AAUCGGUUUUCAUCUGCAGUUCAGUUCCACCAGCUGAAGCUACAUCUACUUAGGUACAUGCACUUAGAGCUCCUGGUUCUGGCUAAACAUAGCUCGAGUUUUACUACCGAACAGAGACGCGCAAAGUCGCGCGCAAUCACUUACAAGUCCGAUAACAACCCCCGAAUUUCGCGGCAUAUAUUGCAAACAAAAGGACAUUAUAUAGAUUUAAACCAAUAUCCAAACCAGCAGCAAUGUCCGCUGAAAAACGACCCGCGCCCGAGGAACCAGGCGCGGGCCAAUUAGUCGUUAAAAGACAAAAGCCAGGGACAAGUACUGCGCUCUCUCGCCGAGAUGGAGCCUCUGGGAGCAACGCGCUGGUGCAAUCCGCACCCCGAACAAGUAACCUAGAAGCACCGUUGAUGGAGUUGACGGGACACUCUGGAGAGAUCUUCUCAGCGAAAUUCAAUCUCACGGGGAGUUUGAUUGCUUCGGGGUCGAUGGACCGGAGUAUAUUGCUUUGGAAUUCUUCAGGAGCAUGCGAGAACUACGGCGUGUUAACAGGUCAUCGAGGUGCGGUCUUGGACUUACAGUGGUCUCGAGACUCCGAAAUUCUAUACUCGGCUUCGGCCGAUAUGCAUCUUGCCAGCUGGGAUUUAACUUCAGGGACGAGGAUACGACGAUAUAUCGGGCACGAGGAAAUCAUAAACACCAUGGACACGAGCAAGCGUGGCGAGGAACUCUUAAUUAGUGGGAGUGAUGAUGGUACUAUAGGCAUCUGGGAUCCCCGAUCGAAGAACGCCGCCGAUUUUAUCGAGACCGACUUCCCAAUUACAGCAGUAGCAGUCGCAGAGGCGGGCAAUGAAAUUUUCUCGGGUGGUAUCGACAACGAUAUCAAGGUCUGGGACAUACGCAAGAAGGCCGUUGUCUACUCUAUGCUGGGUCAUAACGAUACGGUAACUAGCUUACGUGUCUCGCCGGACUCUCAGUCGCUACUAUCUUAUUCCCACGAUUCGACAGCGAAGACCUGGGACAUAAGACCAUUCGCACCCACCGAACGGCACAUCCGUACAUUCGAUGGGGCACAGAUAGGAGUCGAGAAGAAUCUAACUCGAGCUAGCUGGGAUAAGGCCGGCAAGAAAAUCGCCGUAGGUGCUGGUGACGGAACGGUAUUAAUAUGGUCCAACGACAACGGCAAGCUCCUUUACAAAUUACCAGGCCAUAAGGGAGCUGUUAAUUGCGCUGAAUUCACUCCUGGAGAGGAGCCUGUUAUUUUAUCUGCGUCUUCUGAUCGUAGAAUGUUACUUGGUGAGCUUAGAUGAGAGCUCUAGUCUAGCAAGAGUAAGAGGACGAUGCUCAAUCCAUCACCCCGGAUGUGGACUACAUGGCUGUCCCCAAAUGAUUCUGAGCCCUAUGCUUCGCCUUAGAUAUCUUGUUCGCCAAGACCCUGAACUUGGUUGUUUAGGCUCCUUUGAUAUAGGGCUAUAGUUCGUUCGAUAAUACUGGCGAUAGUCUAUUAGCAAUUCUUCAAAUAACGCCUCCGAGAUAAUGGAUCAA